AUGGCAUAUUUUCCAAAUAGUGGACAGAUAAAUAUGUCUGGUGCAACGACUGAUUGGCGACUUCUUCUCAGCGAAGACGAAAGGAAGAUUAAUGUUGGCCGGCUUUAUAAAGGCUUAGAGCUCCUUAAUCAACCUCCCACAUAUAGAUUUCACCUAUCGAAACAGUGGGAAAAUGACUCUUAUAAUAGUGCAAAUUCCAAGGACGAAUACAACCAGUUGAUUGGAGCAAAGUUACGAGAUUUAACUAAUAAAAUACAACGAAGCGCUCAGAUACGGCAGCAACAACAACAGACACAAAGGAAUGCUGCGCCAUCGCAGCAAUCUCAACAACAGCAGCAAGCGCAAGCCCAAAGAUUCCUAUUGCAACAGCAGCAACGUCAGGUCGCAGCGGCUCAAAUUGCAGCUGUACAAGCACAAUCGAAUAAUUUCAUUCGACCAGCUGCAUCUCAGGUUCCAUCUUCUCCAAAACCGACCCAACCAGGAGCCCAUCGACCGAAUCUUUUACAACAACAAGUUUUGAACAACUUGGGCAUCCCUCCAGAUACGCAAUUAUCACCAGAAGUAUUGAAAAGAAUUAAUGCCUACAUGGCGAUGUUGCCUAAUAAUGUGACGAUUCAAUCGCCUGUUAAUCCGAUGAAAGGACAAGCACCGUCUCAAAGUCCUGGGACUAUGUUCAUGAUGCCAAAUGCAGGUCCUUCUAUAACUAAUUCACUUGGAACUACGCCUAGUCAGUCUCCUGCGAUAGUAAAUUCUUCACCAGUAACAAUGUCAAAUAAAACAACUCCAAAUAUGUCUCCUAAUUCCGCUUCAGCUAAAUUGGCAGCAGCAAAUUUAGCAACAGCAAACUUAGCAGCGCCACAACUCAAAAUACCUCAAAACAAGCUCGUAAGCUCGGCUGUUCAAAAUGCCAGCGUUGCACCUAAUCUUGGAAUUAAAGUUCCUUCGGGCGUUGGCAUUAAUACGGUUCAAAAUCUCGGUUUAAUGUCUGGUUUUCAAGGUGCGAAUGCAACUAUUGGACGUCCAAAUGUAAUAAUGCAUACAACAGCUAAUAGUGCAGCAAAUGCAAAUGCUAUUAUGUUGGCUGUUAAUAGUAAUAAUGCCGCUAAUCAAGGAAUAGUUGCUUCUAACGGAGCCAAAGCAGCAAUGAUGGCUGCUCAGAAUGCUAUGUUUGCAAAUGCGACAAGACCUUCAAUGACUCAACCUCUUAACAUGAGCGCUGUUCGUCCGAAAUUUCCAAUUAUGCGUCCCAAUGUUCCCAAUGCUCAGAUGCCUAUCAUAAACAAUUCUACAACGCAACCUGGAUCACUAGCAACGUUGACCGAGAAGGAGGAGAAAGAAGCAUUAGCUAUGAUAAGUCAAAUAGAUAGUAGAGCUAGAGAAAAGAACAUUCAAUAUCACGAAAUUGACCUUUCUGAAGAAGACAAAAGACAGAUAAGGAUUAAAUUACAAGAAUUGACUCCGAUGUACAAAAAAGUUGACGAAGUAUUGCCAUACUUUUGGCAUUAUACAAGAUCAAGUCAAGGGACAUAUCGCCUAUUGGGUAUGAAAUAUAUGAUAGAAGAUCAAUUAAACGCUCUACCUUCUGGAAAAUAUCUACUUAAACUGGACCUUGUUGAAAAUUUAUUACAACAAUUUCGAAAGUAUUUUGUUUUCGUGGACAGUCGUAGAAGAGGCAUUGAAGAUACUUCUGGAUUAAUGAAUAUUCACCCUCUUCCAACAACGCAGAGACAUGUUAGUGAUAGUUCAGGCACUUCUGGUAGUUCAUCAAUCCCCGCAAAAAAACGUCAAUCGUCAGUUGAUCAAGAUGUACAGCAAUCGAAUAAAAGGCAACAAACCAAUUCCAAUAGUAUUAACCGCACUGUUGAUGGCACGCAAAAUAUUUCAGCAGAAAUAUUGACAAAUAAUACUGCUAAUCCAAAUAACCCUAUCGUAAUCCCAGAUGAUGCCAAACAACCUUCAUCUGAAGCUCUAGAGUUAGAUAAGAACGGUACCACUACUGAAGAUUAUCACGCAGGUUCACAACUACUUACGAAUAAACUGAAUAAAUUGAAAAGCAUUUCACCGCGAGUAAUGCGUAGUGGUCCGACAAUGGCACCAAGGCAAAUGAUUGAAGGAUAUUCUUCAUGCGAAGAAAGUGAACAGAGAGCUAUAAUGGUCUCUUUAAUCAAUACCGCUUAA